AUGCGAUACUCCUUUGUUGCCCCGGCUCUUCUCGCCGGCACUGCCUACGCCUGGCUUCCUCAGGAGCGAGAUCUGGCGGCCUUCAACCAGACGGCUCGCUUUGAACAGCUUGGCAAGCGGUUUGAGCCUACGUUGGCUUCUGGUGUCACGAAGAUCAGAGGUGUCAACUUUGGUGGCUGGCUUAUCUGUGAGCCAUGGAUGAUGCCCACCGAGUGGAACAGUGUGAUGGGCUGCAACAACGCUGCAUCCGAGUUUGACUGUAUGCUCAACAACUACAUGGGCAACAACCGUGCAGCGGGCAACGCAAAGUUCAAGACUCACUGGAGCAGCUGGAUCACUCCCGCUACCGUUCAGUCGGUUCACGAUGUCGGCCUCAACACCAUCCGAAUCCCCAUUGGGUACUGGUCCUACACAGCCAUUGUCGACACCGCCAGCGAGCCGUUUGCUGAUGGUGAUGCCAUGCUCCCAUACCUCGACGCGGUCGUCCAGAAGGCCGCUGAUUUGGGAAUCUAUGUCAUCAUUGAUCUUCACGGCGCCCCCGGUGGCCAGCAGCAAGACGCCUUCACCGGCCAGAACCCCAACCCGGCUGGCUUCUUCAACUCAUACGACUUUGGCCGUGCCGAGAAGUGGUUGACAUGGAUGACCAACCGCAUCCACACCAACCCGGCCUACUCCACCGUCGGUAUGAUUGAGGUUCUCAACGAGCCUGUUUCCAACCACGAUGCCAACGGCCGCUACCCUGCCCCCGGUGAAAACCCAGGCUUGACGCAGACUUACUACCCUGCCGCACUCAAGGCUGUCCGCGAUGCUGAGUCUGCCUUGAACGUUGCCAGCAACAAGAAGCUGCAUGUGCAGUUCAUGUCCAGCAAAUGGGGCUCUGGCGACCCUCGCUCCAACUCUGCUGUGGCCAACGACGCCAUGACUGGAUUCGACGACCACAACUACAUUGGCUUUGCCGUCAGCAACAACGGCGACCAGUAUUCGCUCAUGCACAGCGCCUGCACCGACACUCGCGUUGUCAACGGCCAGAACUUUGAGAUCACCGGCGAAUGGAGCAUGACAUCAGGCGUUGAUUGGCACGAUCAAGCCUUCUUCACAAAGUUCUGGACUGCCCAGCAACAGCUUUACGAGUCCCCCGGAAUGGACGGAUGGAUCUACUGGACUUGGAAGACUGAGCUGAACGACCCCCGAUGGACCUACUCCUAUGCUACCUACCUCAACUACAUCCCUACCAACGCUGCUGCCUUGGAACAGAAUGUUUACCAGGAUGUCUGCAACGGAUUCAGGUAA